ACUCUUAUAUCUCUCUCCGACCCUCCCCCCAUCGGCCGCAUCUCCACUUUCUCUCUCCUCUCUUCUCUCUCUCAAGGCGCCCGUGAGAAGACUCUGUAGAGAGAGAAAGAGGAGUCCUCGGAGAUCAGGCGGCGGCUUCUCUCGCUCGAAUCGGAAACCUCCGACUCCGGAUCUGGUCUGAGCCCAUCUGGUUGCUAGAAAGUUUCAAUAUCAACAGCCAAGUUUCAUGUCUGAUCUCGACGCCCAGGUUCCUACUGCCUUUGAUCCUUUUGCUGAUGCUAAUGCUGAGGACUCUGGUGCUGGUACAAAAGAGUAUGUGCAUAUUCGUGUACAGCAACGGAAUGGUAGGAAAAGUCUGACUACUGUGCAGGGAUUAAAGAAAGAAUUUAGCUACAACAAGAUACUUAAGGACCUCAAGAAAGAGUUCUGCUGCAAUGGGACCGUUGUCCAGGAUCCAGAAUUAGGGCAGGUCAUUCAACUUCAAGGUGAUCAGCGAAAGAAUGUUUCCACCUUCCUUGUUCAGGCUGGAAUCGUGAAGAAGGAGCAUAUCAAGAUCCAUGGUUUUUGAUUGCAGUAUCUUUGCAUAGUCCGUGGCCUGUGUUAGGGCGUCAUAUAUAGGCAUUGAACCGUGCUACUAUGUUAUUUUGAAGGCACUUCUGUUCUGCACCUGGUUUCUGUCAAUUUCCUGAAUUUUGAUAUGUGUUGUCUAUGGAACAUAUUAAACUCUGUUUCUGUUUACGUACUCAUGAUAAGAGUUUGGGUGUUAAGGUAGAGAA